AUGGAGAAUUUAUUUCGUCUAUCUGAUCACCAAGAUUUCAUCUCCCGCCGUUGCAUUUGGGUCAAUGGACCUGUGAUCAUAGGCGCAGGUCCAUCAGGCCUAGCAACGGCGGCAUGUCUUAGAGAACAAGGAGUGCCCUUCAUUGUUCUCGAAAGAGCUGAUUGCAUAGCAUCACUAUGGCAAAGAAGAACCUACGACAGAUUGAAACUUCACCUCCCAAAACAAUUCUGUCAACUACCUAACCUUCCAUUCCCUGAUGAUUUCCCUGAAUACCCUUCAAAGAAACAGUUCAUAAACUACCUUGAAACCUAUGCUAACAAAUUCGAAAUCAACCCGCAAUUCAACGAGUGCGUUCAAUCUGCUAAGUAUGAUGAAACCAGUGGAUUAUGGAGGGUGAAAACCAAUGAAGUUGAGUAUAUUUGUAGAUGGCUUGUUGUUGCUACGGGCGAAAAUGCUGAGUGUGUGACUCCAGAGAUUGAAGGACUUUCUGAAUUCAAAGGUGAAGUUGUUCAUGCUUGUGAUUACAAGUCAGGUCAAAAUUUCAAAGGAAAGAAAGUUCUUGUUGUUGGUUGCGGAAAUUCAGGAAUGGAACUCUCUCUUGAUCUUAGCAACCAUCAUGCUUUACCUUCAAUGGUUGUUCGUAGCUCGGUUCACGUGUUACCCCGAGAAAUAUUUGGAAUAUCGACAUUCGAAUUAGCAGUUAUGAUGUUAAAAUGGCUACCACUUUGGAUUGUGGACAAACUUCUUCUAAUUUUGACAUGGUUUCUUUUGGGUGACAUGGAAAAGUUUGGUAUCAAAAGGCCUUCAAUGGGUCCUUUACAGCUGAAGAACACAGAAGGAAAAACACCGGUUUUGAAUAUUGGUACCUUGGACAAAAUUAGAUCCGGUGAUAUAAAAGUUGUUCCUGGAAUCAACAAGUUUCAUAAAAACGGCCAAGUCGAACUUGUUAACGGCCAAAAGAUCGAUGUUGAUGCUGUUGUUCUUGCCACUGGUUAUAGGAGCAAUGUCCCUUCUUGGCUUCAGGAAGGUGAAUUUUUCUCGAAAAACGGAUAUCCAAAGAUGCCAUUUCCACAUGGUUGGAAAGGAAACUCAGGACUGUAUGCUGUAGGGUUCACAAAGAGAGGGCUUUCUGGUGCUUCAUCUGAUGCUGUUAAAAUUGCACAAGAUAUUGGAAAUGUUUGGAAACAUGAGACUAAACAGAAGAAGCAACGCAAUACUGCUUGUCAUAGACGUUGCAUUUCGCAAUUCUAG